UCCUUCGGUUUGCACUUGUGGUUCAGGAUGGUAAGAAUGAAAUGCCACGGAAGGACUGACAGCAGUGACUCCUCACUCAGAGCACAGAAAUCGUUCUCAGAACGGCAGCUGGAUAGGCUUAUUUCAAACUCCUUUUAUUUUAUUUCAUUUUUUACAGAGAAGUUCCAGACCUGGCUGGGAAGUAACUUCACCCGAGUUUAAAUGUGACCUUCACCACUUACAGAUGCUUUUAAACACUUUAAAUCAUCAUAACCAUGGAGUCAGUCUGGCUUAUGCUUGUGCUGUGGAUAUAUAUUGAUGUCUUAAAAGUGAUUCAGGCAUCAUCGUGUGCUAAGGUAUACACUCCUGCCUCAGUGGUCCUCGCUGGCUCGCCCGUAUCAGUGUCCUGCUACAUCGAGGACAACUGCUUGCUGACUAAAGGCAAAGACUUUCGUGUGGCGUGGCGGAUUAACAACAAUUAUGCCCCCAGCAAUCUCUCUUACCAGGAGAGCAACAGAACAUAUGGCAUACUCAUCCCCAGCCUACCACACACAGGGGCAGACAUCGCUUGUGUCCUGUGUGUAGGGGAUCAUAUCUGCCAAAUAGCCGAUGGAGUGAGAGUUAAAGUGGGAUAUCUUCCAUCCACUCCUACAAACCUGAGCUGUGCUUUGAAUUUAACGCAGCCACACAGACUCCUGUGUCAAUGGGAUCCUGGUCAGGAAACAAACAGCCUUCCUACAAGUUAUACUCUUCAUGCAUUGAGGAGCAGAUCAGGAAAAAAACAAUUUGAGAUCCCACCUGGAAAGCAUUUCUACUUGAUUCCACGGGAUUCUUACAGUUUAUUUUUAGAGUUGGAAGUUUAUGUGACAGCAGUGAAUGCCUUUGGAAAUGCCACCUCUGCUCCUCUGAAAUGGAUCCCUAUGGAAACAGCAAAGCUCAAACCUCCUAAUAUUACAAGGGUUGAACCAUAUAAGUCUGGAUGCUUAAAGAUCAGCUGGAGUCUUGCAGAGUCUCAGAAAUGGUUGCAGGUGACCUUCAGUGCACAGUUGAGAUUGAAAACAUUGAAUAACCAGUUCGACAAAGAGUUUAAUGUCACCUUCAGAGAACAAGAAGAAAAAAGGAUGAAUCUGUGUGGCCUCCUUCAUGGGACAAAUUACAGCACCACAAUAAGAAUGAAGUAUGGAGAGAAAGUAUGGAGUGAAUGGAGUGAAUGGAGUGAUCCGAAAUCAGCCACCACACUUAUGAGGGCUCCGACUGGAAAUCUGGACACAUGGCUCAAACUGAAUGAUCAGGCCGCUCAGCUCUUCUGGAAGCCCUCACAAAAAUUUCGUGCCAAUGGCUGGAACUUGACAUACACUGUUGAAUCAAAGGAACCUAAAAUGACUUUGUGUGUAACUCAAGAAAGCCACUGCUUUUUCAAUCUCACCAAGCGGAUUAAAAAGGUCUACCUGAGAGCCACUAAUGCAAAGGGGAGCUCGAUGCCUACUGAAGUACCAGUGUAUCGGAAGAAAGGGCUGGACUCUGUGUCUAAUUUCGAUGUGCAUCCCCAGUCAGAGACGUCUGUGCUCCUGACGUGGGAAAGCCCGGUGUCCUCCAGUGUCACGGGAUACGUGCUGGAGUGGAGAUCUCUGUGUGAGAUGCCGGCAGCUCCUCUGUCCUUCAUUCUGGUGGACAAAAACAGCUCCAGUACCAUAUUAACAGGGUUAAAGGCUUUCAAGCCCUAUGAGAUCUCCGUUUAUCCCAAAUAUGUUGACGGGUUUGGACGUCCUCUUACCUUAAUGGCAUACAGCCGUCAGAAAGCACCCUCUGCAGCACCAGAGUUGAAGGUUGUGGAUAUCCGUUAUUCACAGGUCAAACUUCGCUGGGAUGAAAUUCCCCUUAAUGAGACAAAUGGGAUCAUUGAAGGAUAUACUAUUUACUUUUGGAAUGAUACGGAUAAUGUCCAAGUUAUAUGGACUGAGACAACCAGCUAUAUGGUGAAAGAUCUUCAACCACUUACCAAAUAUUAUACCUUUGUAGCGGUUCAUACAAUGGGUGGAAGUUCAAACGGAUCAGUUCAGAGCCUGACAACUGGACGUAUUGAUGGCAUUGGAAUGGUGCUCUUUGUUAUCCCAGCAUGCAUUGGGUUAUCACUUCUCAUCAUCAUUGUUGUGUUUACCUGUUUGGGGAAAAAUGAACGGGUGAAGAUGUGUUUGUGGCCUAUAAUUCCCGAUCCCGCCAACAGCAGUAUUAAGAAGUGGACCACCACUGACUCACUGCAGGGCAUGCCUCCCUAUGAAGAAGACAAGGACCCUGUGUUGGUGUAUCUGUCCCACUUCAGUCUUCUUGAUCAGUCUGAGAAAGAGCUGUUCAAGAGUGACUACGUCAAGGAGAGCCAGUGGUCACAUGAUAUCUACAGCCAUGAUGAGAGUCACAACUCUUUCCAGGCCUGCAGCAGUUACAACUCGGAGAGUGACAGGGACUCCAUCCCUUACGCCACUGUUGUUUUCGGUGGUCCGUAUCAAAGCCAUUCGGCCCCUCUGCCAGCCUACGUACGCUCCGAUUCCACACAGCCGCUGUUAGGGGGGGACGAGCCUGGCAGCCCCCCGCCAUACGAGAAUGUGCCACUAGUCAGGGGUGUUACUAAAGUGAAACACUUCACUGCAUUCCCUCGGAAUUCCACUGAAAGUGAGGAGAGUGAAGAACUUUGGGAAGAAUUCCCUAUGCUCAGAUUGUUAGAGACGAGGGAUACCGAUCAUAACUAAUCUGAAUUUGAGUAUAUAUAGAAACAUCAUGCAGGGGCGCCAAAAAGCAACACAGGCUCAUUGGAAAAAUGCGUCUCUUUCAACAUUUUUGCAAAACUCAUAGAUAGAAAUCACUGCAGUUUCCAGUUGAAAAGAGACAGUAAAACAGCAACAGCUUUUAUUCCUUUUGACACAAAAUUAUUACAGGGGUAGAUUAUCGGAUAAUAAAGAUUUAUUUUUGUGCAGUUUCUUGCACAAUACUAUGUUAUGACCCCAAAACACUUUUACAGUAGUGCAUGAUUUGUAAACGAAUACAUUUUGAUGUUUGCAUCACAUAAGCAGCUCCAUAUGUGUGUGUUUUCUGCUGCAGUAAACUUGCUCACCUCAUACACUCGUGAAGGGAAGAGUCAUGAUAAAAGAGCACAAAAGCAGCUAAAAUGUUUUAUGUCAUGUUUUUAUGUUUAUGUCAAAUGUUUUUAGUGUAGGUGGUGCAUUAUUUUAAUUUUCCUUUGCAUUACCUUUUAGCACCACUUACCUGACAUUUCAAUUCAAAACUGCAGCGAUACGUGCAACAACCAAAACAAUAAAACGUUUUCAGAUUCACGUUAUUCUUUUCUGGAUAAAACUAAACAUGCUAUUAGUGCCACUUACUGGACAUUUCACUUUCAAAGUGUUGCGAAAAGUGCAAGAAAUAUUGUGUAGAAAUGUCGCCACAGGUACGUUUUCCCAAUGAGCUUGAGUUGCCAAAAAGGCUACGUUCACACCGAGGCUGUAUGUGGUCCAAACCUGAUUGUUUUCCCUCAAAUAACUGGACCACUGUCAAGUAUGGAAAAAAAAUCAGAUAUGUACAGUAUUAGAUAUUUUUGCAAUGUGAUCCUGCCACGAGCAGUGAUAUUAUGUCAUGUCAUAUGUCAGAAUAACUCAACAUUCAUCAUAACUGCACAAUUAAUUUUCCCUGUAUACACAUAUGCACAGUAUACAUUACCGUUCAAAAGUUUGGGGUUGGUAAGAUUUCUCUUCUGCUCACCAAAGCUGCAUUUAUUUGAUCAAAAAUACAGUAAAAACAGUAAUAUUGUGAAAAAUGUAACCGUUUUCAAUUUGAAUAUAUUUUGCUGUAUUUUCAGCAUCAUUACUCCAGUCUUCAGUGUCACAUGAUCCUUCAGAAAUCAUCCUGAUAUGAUGAUUAGCUGCUCCAGAAAACAUUUCUGAUUAUUAUUAUUAUCAUCAAUAUUUUUGUGGAAACCGAUCAAUGUGAUCAAUGUUUUUACUGUCACUUCUGAUCAAUUUAAAGCAAAAAAUAUAUAUAUAAUUUUUAUGAAUUUCUUUUAAAAAAAUCUCACUGACACCAAACUUUUGAACAGUAUGGUAUAAUAAUGUAUAUUAAUGCCACCAGUUGACUAAAAUAUUUAAUCAACUUUGAUAUGCAAUGUUCCACUCUGAUCGGUUCAGACUGAGGAAACGUUGAACUCAUUCUAAUACAUGAAGUAUUUGUAGAAUAUCUGAGACUAAUAGGACCACUCAGUUCAUUAUAUGAACUGUCUUUAAUAUUGCCAGGGACUGUAUAUUGAUUAAACAGAACGCUUCAACAAAAAGGAGAAAGAAGAACCUUCAAUAUGGCAGCUCUAAUUAAGUAAGCCCCGCCUUCCAAAUACAAGAGCCAAUCAGCAGUCACUGCCUGGUCUAUAUGUGAAACUUGUAAGAGAAAUCACAUAGGCUGCGUCCGAAAUCACAUACUCUCUUGAGUAGGUACUUAUUUUGAAGAAGUAAUUACUUCACGACCACUAAAAAUGAAUGUUCUAUAUAGUAUGAGUGUUUGUAGUAUGAGUGUAAUCUGGACAUAUACUGUACAUUCGCCUAUCAUGUGACCUACUAGCAUCAGUUGCAUCACUUCACUGCCAUUCACAAAUCCUCUCCCGUGGCCUCAUGGGAUAGUAAAGUGUCCAUCAAAUGAACACUUCAGAAUCUCGCCAGAGGAAAUAGGUCAUCCGGGUACUUUUUGCCUACUUUUUUAUGAAUUUACAUAAACAAAACUGUCUAUUCUUGUGUUCUUAACUUUGAGAAAAUGCAGUAAAUUUCAGCAGCUUUUUUUUUUUUUUUUUUUUUUUUACUAAUAUUAAGAGUAAUGCUAUAAUAUCCAGUAUUUUUACAGUGUUGAUGGAGAGAUGCUUGAGUCACUGUCAGAGUAAAUAAGACAAAAAAACAAAAAAAAUCUUUUUUUUUUUUUACUUUUGUGGCUGUAUAUUUUGUAUUGAAUAUAUAUUUGAAUUUUGAAUUGAUGUACUAUUAGAAAAGGACCACAAAUAUGUCUGAUUUGUAUGUUUUUGUUUUUUUUUGUUUUUUUAAAGAGACAAUCUAAGAAAGAAAAGAAAGGCAAAAAAGAAAGUGAUGAAUGCUAUGUUCAUUUACGUCAUAAUUAAUGUUACCUGAUGUUUGACACGUUUUGUAUACAUUCACCUCUUGUCUGUAUGGUGCUUUGAGUUCAGUAUUUUAUAUGCAUUUCAACAUUUUAAAAGAGUACAAAUUGUGGUUGCAUCUGGCAAUGUAACAGCACUUCCUCUGGAAGGACAAAAUAAAAGACUUGCAUGAUUUGGCCAUUCCUAAUUUUAUACUGAAAUGUAUGUUGGUCCAUUUUUCAGUAUGUAAAGUUUAUUUGAAAAAUAAACAGCUCUGCUGAAA